GUGAGCUGGGUGCUGGUCUGGCUGGCGACGCGCGUGCCCUGUGGCCAAACACUGAUCAGUGAGUGCAAACUAUCCGCACAGUGUGUGACUGUGAGUGUAUGAGUGGGAGAGAGACAGCGAGGGGAGGGGAGACAAACUGCUUCACACUUUCCCCGGUGCACAAGAGAGACAGAGGCUGCAUGUGCGCAGUUUUGCUCAAAGAUCUCCAAAGACUCUCAGCAUCCCACAGAUUCAAUCAAAAGCAACAACAAAAAAUCAGCUGUUGUCAAACAUGGAUGAAGGAAUCCCUCGUUUGCAAGACAGGCAGUUGCUAGAACAUGUGGAUUUUAUAGGACUGGACUAUCCAUCCUUAUAUUUGUGCAAACCCAAAAGAGGCAUGAAAAGAGACGAGAGUAAGGAAACAUACAAACUGCCACAUAGAUUGAUAGAAAAGAAGAGGCGAGACAGGAUUAAUGAAUGCAUUGCUCAGCUAAAAGAUUUAUUACCAGAGCAUCUGAAAUUGACGACACUGGGGCAUCUGGAGAAAGCUGUAGUUUUGGAAUUAACUUUGAAACACUUGAAAGCUUUAACAGCCUUAACGGAGCAACAGCAUCAGAAUAUAAUUGCUUUACAGAAUGGGGAGCGGUCUGUGAAGUCCCCCAUUCAGUGCGACCUGGAUGCUUUCCAUUCGGGAUUUCAAACGUGCGCCAAAGAAGUCUUGCAAUACCUCUCCAGGUUUGAAAGCUGGACUCCCAGAGAGCAGAGAUGUGCCCAGCUCGUAAACCAUCUGCACGCGGUUUCCACUCAGUUCUUACCCAGCCCCCAGCUGUUGACUCCACAGGUCCCUGUGAGCAAAGGAUCCUCCUCCUCCUCCUGUGCACAAGAUCGCACCGGGCAAAAGCUGGAGGCUCAGACUAACUGCGUCCCUGUCAUCCAGCGGACUCACCCGCCCGUGGAGCUCGGCGGGGAGAACGACACAGACACGGAUAGCGGCUAUGGGGGGGAGAGCGAGGGCCGGCCGGAUCGCGAGAAAGGCCAAGCGGCUGGGCUGCCCGGCGUGACUAUCAAACAGGAGCCAGCCGGGGACGAGGCCCCAGCGCCCAAGAGGCUGAAGCUGGAUUGCAGCAGCGCCACGCUCCCUGCUGCAGCCGCCGCCACGCUGAGCCCGGAUCACCAGGCAGCUGCUGCCCUGCUGAGACCCGACGCCGCCCUGCUCAGCUCCCUCAUGGCCUUUAGCGGGGGCGGGGCUGCUUUUGGCCCGCAAGCCGCCGCCGCCCCCCUUUGCCUGCCCUUCUACUUCAUCUCCCCCUCCGCGGCCGCGGCCUACAUGCAGCCCUUGCUGGACAAGAGCCACCUGGAGAAAUAUCUGUACCCGGCCGCCGCCCCGAUCCCUUUGCUCUACUCCGGAAUCCCGGCCCAGACCGCCGCCGCCUUCCCCUGCCUGUCUUCGGUGCUGACGCCGGCUGAUAAGGCGAACGCAGCUGCCGCCGCCGCUGCCUCGGCCCUUCUGCCUCUUGACGUGGUCUCUGCUGGGCACCACCUGCCCCAUCUCUUCGCUGCUGCCUGCGAGACUGGGCCCAGCCUGGACAGUGACCUUCCCUCCCCGGAAGAUCUUUUGCAGCCCGGAAAGGAAAGCCCCUGAACGGUGCUACAGGACAUAGGAUUCAGCCCACCCAUGUUCCCGAGUAGGGAGGAAGAAGGAGCCCAUCCUAAUAAAUAACAACAGCGACAAUCAGAAACAACCCACCCACUUUGUGGUUUUAAAGGAGAAAGUGUAAUAGAGUUGCACGAUGUUUCUGUUGUGGUGGUUUAAUUUCUUUGGUGUUCUCUCCUGCUGCGUUUUUCCCUCCCCCCCAGUUUUUCUAGUGUAAAAGAUCAUUUGCAUUUCUGUGUUUCACAGAGAAUCCCAAAUUGUCUCCACAUUUACUGAAAGGGAGCAGAUAGAGACAGGCUUCAAAUCAAACAUUUUGUAAGCCAGAGGGUCAGUGACAUCUGAAAGUGGGUAGGCAAAAAAAGUUGCCUAUGGUUAUGGCCUCUCUAGAUAUGUGUAUUAAUAAUAAUAAUAUAUAGAAGCAAAUGAAGAUCAUACAGUAUCUGACUCAACCGAGGGUGGGGGUGCUUAACUCUAGAGGCCUCUGCCACUGCUUGAGAAUCUUUAAGGAUUACAUUUGCUACUCAGUAUUUUUUUAAUGUUUGGCUUUAUAAAUGCAUAAAUACAUUAAAGAAAAGAAAAAAAAUAGUAAGGAUAUGCUUUUCUCUAAAGUAAAUGUUGCACCUUAUUUUGAAAUGGUUUUCUGUAGUAUCUCUAUGUUCCACUUAGUAAUUUGCACUUGUUUUAGAGACUUGGAUUGGUUCAUUAUCAGAAUAGGGGAGAGAAAGAGAAGGUGAGUUUUAAGUACAUACGUUCGCACUUUAUUGAUAAAUGGACCAUGAAUGAAUUGAUCUUGAGCCCAGUCCUUCAGUGCUUUGAGUACCCAGAGUUGUUACUGGCUUCAGUCAGAGUUUUGGAUGCAGGAGGAUUAGAGGGUCAGACCUAUGCUAUGAUUUCUUCUUAGCUAAGCUAUAGCAAGUGCAUUUGUUUCCACCUGUCCUUAUUUAAUUUCAGUAUUUUCCUGAGUUUUUAUAACAUUGCUUUAUAAAACAAACAUUUCUGCACUGAACUCAAAACAAAACAAAAAAAACGGACAACUUUGAACUAAUUUUAUCCCAAAUUAAAAACUGGAGGAAAUUAUUAAACAUCUCAGUUUUUAAUUGGAAAUGCUUAGAAGAUAUGGGAUAAGGUCCCAUGCAGUCUCCAGAUAUCACAAUUUCCCUUUCUGGAGACUGUACAGAUAAUCACACAGAUAAAGCUUUAUUAAUAAGGCUUAAAACAAGACCUUGCCUAGAUAUUUUUAGUUUGUUGCCAAGGUAGCACUGUGAGAAAUCUCACUUGAAUGUUAUGUAAGAGGUGAGACACAACUGUCUGACUGAGUGAAUAAGUAUCCUGGGUCUGUUAGUCAGUUUGAUUGCAUUUGCUGCUGCUGUUGCUACUGUUUGCCUCAAACGCUGUGUUUAAACAACGUUACAAAAAAAUCUUACUAGCCUGCAGAAUGGCUGUAUGUAAAUAGUUGUUAAUACAUCCAAUUAAUGAUGUCUGACAUGCUAUUUUUGUAGGGAGAAAAUGUGUUAAUGAUAUUUUGAGUUAAAUAUCUUUUGGGGAAGAUUUGCUGAAAAAAGUUGCACUUUUGUUACAAUGCUUAUGCUUGGUACAAGCUUAUGCUGUCUUAAAUUAUUUAAAAAAUAAAUACUGUCUGCAAGAAAACAGCUGUUUUAGAACAGUUUAGUAUGUGAUAUAUUAGAAAUCAAAUCUUUAUAUUCAGUAUUUUCCAGCACUCCACAAAUUCUAUUAUCUAAAUAUUUACACACUAUUUUGUGAUUUAAAAAAGUCUUACUAAGGAAUAAAAGCUUUAAUACACAACA